AUGGAUUCGCGACCCCAAAACUGCUACCCUGUCGUCGUCACGGAAUCCUCUCGCUUCUACCGUGAUCCCGACGACGAAGAAACCUUUGUCCCCCUCCACAAGACCACGCAUAUCGAGGAGGUCACUUUCUCCCGCAAUUUUGCCAACGCACUAGCGAAAGAGUACUUCAUCCGGCAACACUGCGAGUCCGUCAGCGACUCCAACGAAGACGACUUCGGCUACCCAACGCCAAGAGCACGCCGAUGGGGUAUUUGGGUCCCGGAAAACACCACGAAAUGCACGAUAUCCGAAGUAGAGAAGCGGUGCAGGAUUAAGGUUGUACUUGGAAGUGGGUCGGAGAGGACGGAGUUCUUGGUAGAAGUUUUGAGACAGAAUAUUUGCGAUGCGGUAGGACCAUUGGCUCGAGAGGAUAGUGAUCCCGAUGUCUGA